GUCAGCUACUGUCAUGUCGACUUCUAUUAUUUUGAUUUCAAGGUUAGCUUUGUGUGUUUAGAACUUAUGAAAUAAUGUGGUGAUUAUAUUAAAUUUAUUAUAAUAAAGAGCGAGUUAUUCUACAAUGGGUACUUCUGAAGUUGCUAAAACUCCUAAGGACUGCCUUGCUUGCCGCCUCGUAGGUGCCGCUGGGUUAGUCGGUAUUGGAGGUUAUCUAGCGAACGCUGCAUGGAAAAACAAAACUUUUGCGGGGAGAUACACAAUUUCAACGCUAUCAUUUGCAUUUAUCAGUUUGGGAAUUGCAAGAUACAAACAGACAUACCCUUUUCAGAAGAAAGAAGAGAAUGCUGUAGCAAAUAAUUGAACAUUAUAAUAAGCUUAACAAGCUCCAUCAGCUAAGGCUAGUGUCGCAAUAAAAUCAACAUCGCUACACAGAUCACGACUUCAGUCGGGGUAAACAAGUCGCCUCUGAUAACUUGCCGCCUCACAGUCGCGCGCUCCCGCCCGCCCUACGCACGUGUGCAAUUAACUAAGGAGAAACUCUUCAAGUGUGUCGACGACCUAAAAGCUGUACGCUGACAUAUGGAUAAGAGGUGGGCAGAGCAGGGGCUCCGCGGGGCACCUUGGGAGUUCGACGAGUUCCAGCGGCAAUGGCAGGGCGGAGCCCGAGUCAUCGAGAGGGACGUGCAGCUGCCGCAGGCGAGAAUGGCUGACUUGAGUGGGGGUAAUGGGAACGAGUUGAGUGGGAAUAACGGGAAUGUGUGGAGUGCGGCAUGGGGCGCCAUGGCUGGAGCGGGGACAGUCCUGCUGGUGGCUGGGAUAGUGCUCUUGUGGAGGAAGCCCAGGAGGAGGGAUACUCAGCUGUUGGCGCCUCUCGAUAUGGGACAGAAUGAGAUGCUGAUCUCCAAGGAGCAGUGUCGCGUCCAGCCUUUGAGUGAAGUCCGCACUGCCAGCUCGCUGCCGCACGCCCGACUAACUCGCACGCCCUCCAUAUCCUCUCAAAGUAGCUUGGACAGCGGCACGUCCAGAGCUACUAGUCACCGCGGUUCGUCCCCGGCUAUCAGAACCUUCGCACCAGACGGUCGCACACUCGAAGCUGGCGCGACUGGGAUCCCCCGCUCGCCAUCACCGCUCCGUGCUGCGUCCCUGGACGUCAGGGCUGCCCCACUAGCCCAUGGCUCUUUGGCUUCGUUGGCAGACUCGCCCGCGCCUACCAGCCCUAGACAUCUGCCGCCGAGAUGCCUGUCCCCUCUUCUGAUGCCGCCAAGACGGAUAGACCGCAGCAACUCCCUGGUAGAAAGCAGCAGCGGCCUGGGCCCCUUGAGCCCCGGGGCCGGAGCAGCCAUCAGCGCCCUGGGGGCCCUGCAGCCGGACCUGUACACGAAGCGAGAGGCCCCGCUCGUCAUCGAGCUCGAGGGCCCGGGCCCCUCUCUGGGCAGAAUCCAUCUCCGCUUGAAAUACGACUUUGAUAGAUCUGAUUUGGAAGUACAUCUUAUUGAAGCCCACGACCUCGCAGGCUACGAAGCGGGGGGCUUCAACGACCCGUACGUGCGCGUGAGUCUGCUUCCCGAGGUGGACACGCGGGUCCGACAGACCCCCGUGCACAGAAACGAGGCCAACCCGUUCUUUGAUCAGCACUUCAAGUUCCCCGUCUCUCACGACGAACUCGGGGACAAGACGCUGCUGCUGCAAGUGUUUGAUUACGAUCGAUUCUCUCGCAACGAGGUGAUGGGUUCGGCAAAGGUCCCGCUUUCGCGAGUGGAAGUCGCGGGCGGGGCCGAGGUGUGGGCCGAGUUGUCUCGAGAGAGACGGCCCCCGGAGGAGCUGCAGGAACUGCUGCUGUCUCUGUCUUACCUUCCGUCGGCCGAGCGGCUGACGGUGGUAGUGUUGAAGGCCAGAAAUCUUCUGCCGCCUCAGGAGGGGAAAGAUGCUUUAGAUGUAUAUGUAAAAGUGUACUUGCUGGUAAAUGGAAAACGUGUGAAGAAGAAGAAGACUAACAGGAAAGAGAUUAAUAACCCGGUGUGGAACGAAGCGCUUUCCUUCAGCCUCCCGUCCGGAAACUUACAGGAAGCUUCUAUCGAGGUGUGCGUAGUGACCGGCGGCAGCAACAACCUGGUGGUGGGGUGGUGCUGCGUGGGCGCGGCCGAGCCGGCGGCGGAAGGCCGGCACUGGGCGCAGAUGGCGCAGGAGACGCGCAAGGCCGUCGCCAUGUGGCACACCCUCAGAUAGACGCGCCACCGCCAACAUCUCGACAGAAUGAGGGCUAACGCUAUUUCGCCACUAGGAGCGCUUGGGUUCUGUAAGGUCCAUGUCUCUCACCUUCCGUAGCCUGGGAGGAGACCAAGGUUCGCUUUUCUACUUAUUCUCCUUCCUUUUUUAGUAAGCUUCAUGUUGAAGGCAAAUAACGUUUCAAUUGUACGUUUGUUUUUUGAAAUAAUUAUAAUGUUUUAGUGAACAGGACCUAACUAGUGAGCGAAGAAGCGUAACCCUCAUUUAUCGCUCUCCCGAAUAUCACAUUUAUUCGUAAAAAAUGGAGUCUAACCUUUCCUAUUUUCCUACUACGAAACGUUCACAACGAUUUCACAUACGUAAGUACCUGCUUAUCCAGAAAAAGACAAAUUUCCAAACUCUAUUCCUCGGUAAAACUAACGGACCAAUCUCAUAAUAUUUUUUGUGUAACGAAAAAGAACAAACAGGUAGUGUAUUUUAAUAAAAAAGGUCACAUAAUAUUUUCGUAAAAUUAAAUAUGGCCUACAUGAUUAUAAAUAUACAUGUAUAUGUCAUAAAGAUAUAUAAAGAUAAAAUUGAAAAUUUUGAGAUAUCUUCACCUGUAGCACGUCACAGAUUAGAUAAAAGUUAUCGCAAAAUAUUUAGAUAUUUAUCUAUCACACUUUUUGUCUGUCCCCUAUAUUUCUGAUCAACCAGGAUAAUCGCCUUUAUGCUAGAUGUACUAUACAUACAUUCUAAAUAUUGUACCUCUGCUGCAUCGCUAGUCUUAAAAUAAAGUCUUAAAUGUGAGGUAAAGUUGUUUAUUAAAUAUAUAGAUUAUAAAAAUAUGGAUUUGUUUUGACGGAGUUGUUGAAUUGUUGUCUUUGUUCUAACAAUUAACCAUAAACUAGUUUAACUUAUGUUUUAGUUGGUUGGUGUUACUUGUCUUCUUUCAAAUUGUAAGUAGUUUCAAAUAAAUUAAAAGACAAUCUCGAGAUGUGUUAUUUGAUCAGGUGCGAUGAGGUUUAACCUUAGUCUUAUCAAUAUGAGCUGUUUUAUAAUAAUAUCUUGUCGAAGAUCGUCAUUUCCAGUUUCCACUGUGGGCUAUACAUGUACCUACACUAGACUUUACUCAAAUACUCCGUCGUGAAAAUGUUUACUAACUACGCAAUAAUCGAUAGUUCUAUUGUAUGUACUUAUAGAAAUAAAUAUUAUCAAUUUAUGGAGAUUAUAAUAUAUAUUAGAUUUCUAAUCAUGGAUGUUCCAAAAAACUAUUUCUAUAAAUUUACUUUAUUUUGGCAACAUUUGAUAGCUAAAUAUUAGAAAGGUUCUGUAAUUUGAAGUGAGGAACUCUGAAAAACUAAUAACUAUAUAUGGAGCUUGUGGAACACCAAAAAAAUCUUAUGAAAUUGUAUAGAAUUUUAUGAUAAGAAAUCAAUUUUUGUAUGUAUUUAUGUUAUUUCUAUCCAAAAAUAUGCCCACAGUUAAUGUUGAUAAUAAAUGUACCUACUUUCCUAUUAGUCAUUACAUGGUGUGAUGUCCCUGUUCAAGGAUUUUAUGAAUAAAUUUUAUCGAAUUUUAUUCCAGAAUAUACGUACAUAUUUUUAUCUAAGUGUAUGUAUUGGUGUGGAGGAAAAGUAUUUUACUUUGUAUUUUCUUUACAAUGUCUAAAUAAAAUGUCUAUUUGUAAGGUCA